AUGUCACCCUCUUUGCGAAGCCUAUCUCGCGGGCUAAAAGUUGUUGGAAAGCGCGGUCAAUCCUACGUGUUGCUCGACCCACUUGUCCAGCGCAGAGGGAAGCGCUGCCAUGUCUGGAGUGCAUCAACUGAGACUGAUGAGACCGAUCAGGUUGUUAUCAAACAGCCUGAUGAUAGCGACGGUCCUGGAUGGCCAAAUCUUACCAAGGAGAUGCAGAUGCAGGAGUAUUUCCGCAACUCAAAGCAUAUUCGACGGAUGCUUGAUGUGAUACCAACGUUGUCGGAUGCCGAACCCUCAAUGAUGGUACUUGAGCCCUUUGGGAAGACACUCUGGGACCCUCGGAUGACACGGCCGCUCUCUACGGGAGAGACCCGAUCCGUGAUGAAAGGGAUAUUGUUUGGCUUGGGGACGAUACACCACCAAGGUUAUGUUUACACAGACAGUAUGUACAUAUAUGCGUCCAAAUUGCCCCAUCGUCAUGUGUGGUGUGUCAUGACACCGAGUGGGGUGUGCUUAACUGUGCCUCGCCACAACACAACUCGGUUAGAUCCUGACGUCGUAAAAGUUGGGUGGUGUGUUAGUUCGACCCAACAUUAGCACGCCUACUGCCGAUUCCAAACUUGAGCCAAGCAGAGACUUGUCCUGUGCGCCAUAACUUUAGGCUUUCGACAACUCCAUGAGAUGGACGACCUCUGCAUUGAUGCCCUAAGGCCCGAGGCUUGCAAUUGGCCUGGUGAGACGGUUGGAAACUGUCCAAGCUAGUGGCAAAAUCGAUGCGCCUGCCUGUAUUAUGACCCCUGGUGAUUUCAGCCUAUCAGGAAACAGA